AUAUUUCCGGUGAGAAGCUUCUGGAGUGCAAAGGGUUAAAUCAAGCGGUGACUGAGAGUCACCUUUCGAACGCAAAGGAUUGAUAUUCAGGACAUUUGUUCACUAGUGAAUAAAUUGCAACGGAACGAAGCCCGGUGUCUUCGCGAACGUACCCCUUGAGAACUCCUGUUAGCAUAAUGAACUGUUUACGCGAAACGAGGGAUCCUGUCGCAACUGUAGGGCCGCGUCGGGCUCAGCGCGGCGUGUACGUUUGCCUCGCGUGUUCCACCGACUUCAUUGAUAAUCACUUCAGCCGUGAACGGGCGCACAACAAGUUCUGCGAGAUCCAUCUCCGAUGAGCAGACCGGCGGGUACCCCGAGAAAAAGCCGAUAUCGCGCAUGCUCCCGCCGCGGGGUGACUUAUUGUUGUGCCCGAAGUAUAUUUACUUGUACAUUAUAAUUAUAUUCCGGCGCCCUUCGUCCGGCUAACUCGGUUAAAGAUGCAAUAAAGGCGCGCACCGCGAUAAACUAAUAGCUCCUCCGCGAGCGCGCCGCGCGACUCGGCGCGCUUCCGGGCGGCCGAUAAUUGGAAUGACCAACAGAAGAGGCUGCCGGGGAGGACCGCCGAGACGGGCCCCGAGUAGGAAAACUGUAAAUUAGUUGUGAACCUUCACUUUCUCCCGUGCUAUUUUCUGAAAAGGACGUCUGGCUAAUAGAUGAGCUAUAGAUUACCAAACACACACGGCCCAGGUGGGGCCGGUUGGUAUAAAUUCAAAGUGAAACCGCUCCUCCUCUGGCUAGCGCUCGAUCGCGCGGCGAUUCACAUUGACCGAUUCCUGACCCCGGUCGGCAUGAAGCUGAACGCGAUAGGAUGCGUACUUUGGGCGGUGCUCGUCGAUUUCAGCGUCGUCACGCCGAGGACCCUGGAGUCGAACGAUUCCUGCCCCUGCGUCUCCUCCGCCGAGUGCUCGGAGAAGUCUCGGCUGUUCUUCAACAACGUCCAGGUGUUGAUACUGCCCUGCGAGGACAAGAAUCUAGUAAGGUGCUGCUCGACGGUGGCGAGAUCGAUAGAGGCGGCGCACACGAAUGGAUCUCUGUGGGAAUCUAAGAACGAGGUCGACUCGAAGAUAUCGUCGACGCAGGAGAUCGUCGAAGAGCCAACGUCCAUGAUGCAGAUCAGCGUGCCUUCCCUGGAGGAAUCCGCCUGGGACGUUCCCGUGAACGAGUCCGAAGGUCUCGACGACGCGAGCACCGUCGAAAGUAAAAAUGUCACUCGCACGGAUCCAGCCGAAGAUUCCGCAGAGGUGACGCAAAAGCUUCGGAGCGACGCGAUCGUUAAAAAUGUAAAUCAGGUACCGUUGCAACACCCGAGGAAGGAAUUUCUCUCAGAGCCGAGGCUGAUUCAUGGUAAAAUUCUAAGCAACACGGUAACGAGUGCCUCGUCAAUUUCGAAUUUUAGAGCCUCGGGGAGCGCGGUUCGAGGUAAUCUCGAACCGAAGAGGACUGGUCAGACGGUACCCGUUUCACUGGCUCACGACGAAGACGACUCGUACGUUCUCGACCUGAUCUACAAGGUGAAGAACUUCGAGAGUCGCAGGACGGUGCCGAAACAGCCGGAUUUGCUGUUGGACUCCGUGGGAGAGGCGAGGUUGGCCCCUCCCGAUGCGGUGGUUCUGAACAAUGGCUAUUUUAACAUGAAACUCAGAGUUCUGCCGGCGGCGAGGAGGUUGUCUGAAAAAAUGAGCGGUCCCUUGGAGCAGAAAACGUCAUUAGAGAAGGCUCUCACGCUCGAUAGGGUAUCCGCUCAAGCGACCAACGAAAAUGCAAGCCCACUGAGCGAUCUUGAUGUGGCGGAGCGCGACGAUACGUCGAAUGGAAACUUGUCGCACCCGGAAGACGUCGAGGAUGUUAAGCGGGUCGCUCGUAGCCACGCUUCGGAGCCUAAUGAAGAGACUCCCGGAUUCUCGUCCCCCGUUUCGGAGGCCGCGAGUCAAACGGAAGCCGAGGCUGCUCCGACGAAACGUUUCAGAAGACCGCCGAGGGUUCUGCCCUUCAGGAACCUGCACAACGAGGAACACGGUUCCGGUAAAUUCGCGAACUCGCAGGAGCGAGCCAGAAGCUUGUUCGACAAGUCGAACGAAACGAGGAGAAAACAGGUGUCCCUUCUCAUCAACAGGAACGACUCGAGUCCGAAGAAAUCGGGCUCGAUGAAAGCGAAUUAUUCGAGUACGGAGAGGACAGGAAACGAAGGUAGCAGUUCGGAGAGUAGCGUGGAUUUAUCGACGGAGGAAAGCGAAUUGGUCGACGAGGAUCGUUAGGAUGUAGACGAGAAGGAAAAUAAAGAAAGUAAUUCGGUAUCGGAGGAGGGGUUUGUUUAAUUAUCGCACCUAGUCAUUAAUGGUCGCAUUAAAACGGAAGCGCGACGUUCUUUUUUUAUUAUCGUCGAAUCAAUACUAAAAAUGGACUGGCUCCUAUCCUCUUAGCAGCCUGUA